ACCCCCGCGCGCGCAAGUGUGCGUGCCUAGCUUGCUCAUCGAUCAGCGUUGUCAGUGCUCGUCGUGUCUCAUCCAUCUACCGUGUCCGCGCGCGCAGGAGGAGGGGGAGGAGAGCAGGGCGGCGGCGGGCACCACCACGACGUGCGGCGCGCGGCGUCGGCGGCGGCGGCCAUGGAGGAGCACUCGCCCACGGCCGCGGCGGCGGGCGGAGGCGGAGGCGGCGAGCGGCGGUACCGCGGCGUGCGGCAGCGGCCGUGGGGCAAGUGGGCGGCGGAGAUCCGCGACCCGCACAGGGCGGCCCGCGUGUGGCUCGGCACGUUCGAGACCGCCGAGGCCGCGGCGCGCGCCUACGACGAGGCCGCGCUCCGCUUCCGCGGCAGCCGCGCCAAGCUCAACUUCCCCGAGGACGCGCGCCUCACCGCCCCGUCGUCCGCCGCCGCGGCGGCCGCAGCAGCUCCGCCCGCCUCCGCGGCGGCGGCCUCGGCCGCCGGCGCGUACCCGGACGCCAGCGCCGUCUCGGAGUACCUGCAGUACCAGAUGCUGAUGCAGGGAGCCGGCGGCCAUGGCGGUGGCUUUCCUCAUCAGUACUACGGCGGCGCCGGCGCCGUGAGCAGUUCCUCGGGCUCCUACUCCUUUCCCGCCUCCUCUGUCACCGUGGCUUCUGUGCCGCCGUCCUCUGCUCCAGGCUACGGCGAGGCGGCGCAGUGGACCGCCGGCACCAGCUGGCCGGACAGUGCGUGGAGCUAUCCGGCGACUACAGGUUCUUGGUCCGGUUCCGGCAACUAUCCACCGUCAACUCGUCCUCCUCAAUAGCCCCAGCUCCCUAUUCCAUAAUACCCACGUCUUCCUUUUUUUCCCUCUCCGAAAGAACAAAGCUUGUUUGAUUGAGAAGAUAGAUGCUUUUUUUUUUGUUCAAGGUGCUUGCAUCCGUGCAAGAUCCAGAAGAAGGUUGCGAUGUCGUGUUUCUUCUUUGCUUGGUGGUGUUGAUCCUUUAUUAGUCAUGUGGUGAUGAAUUUCGGCUGCAACUUAACGGAAAAGCACGUGAUAAAUAACACUGCACUUAAAAGUUCUUUA